AUGAUCACUUUAGAGAACAGUGUGCGCAUGCGUAAGUCAAUGCUGGGUCAACGACGAUUGAAGAAAAUAAAAGUGUUGGCGACAUUUGGUCUGUUGACCCUGAUCUUACUGUACGUCCUGUGGACAGUGUGGAUUGAACGUUUGGUGCCCGCGGCCUGGCUAAACACGGACACUGGUCAUCUGUACCAGGUGGUCACUGACUUUCAAGAUUUUGACGUGGAUAACCCAUUGACAGAAUAUGGCGACUUAUCUGACCAAAUGAAACCCAAUUUGUCUCUGUAUGAAGAACUUAUUCUAGAACGUCAAGCCGUGUUCCAACAGUAUCAUGACCUCGUGAAACGUUUCCAACCAAGUAAUGACCUUCAGGACUCAACCUUUCAACUGAUUCAACAAUUCCAGCCCAUCUUGGAGCCGGUGGAGGCAGCACGUCUGGUCUUUACUCUGGACACUUUUGUUCGCGCCUGCAGUCAACGAAACCUUGUUUAUUUCAUGACAGAGGCGUCUCUCAUGGGUGCGCUGCGUCAUCACGGCCUCAUCCCGUGGGACGACGACAUUGACAUCGCCAUGAGCUCCAGACAGUGGAGAGAAAUUCGGGACGCGCUGGGAAAUAUUGAAGGCUUUCAGCUCUACGCUCCGCGUGCAAGUCAAUGGAAAUUUUUUAUGUCGUCUGCGAGUUCCUUUCCCGACAAGCCCUUCAAAUUUCCAUAUCUAGACAUUUUCUUUUACGCCGAGGACGAGACCCACGCCUGGGCCAUAACAAAGGGACUGAAGCACGAUCUGAUCUAUAAGAAAACAGACGUUUUCCCACUACGAUUUCGUCCCUUUGAACACUUACUCGUUCCGGUCCCGUGUAACCUUGACCUUUUAGUGCGCUCGUCGCACGACAUCGACUUGUGCGUCACCCCAGAGUACAUCCACAAAACAAACAGAAAUGUGAGACUUCCGGAGCAGACGUCAGUUUCUUGCAGUCUGUUGCACGGCGUCUAUCCUUUUGUCUGGGUGAGCAAGUCUGCACGUGCUGGUUACGUUGAUGAGUACCUGAUGCUUGGCGAUGCAGUGUUACACAAAGUGUCAGUGGUCGAUGGCUGCAGUGUCUGCACAUGA